AUGUAUGCCAAGAACCCUUUGAUUCGGGUGGCUUCGGCCGGUCCCGUGCUUUUGAUCCUGGGCGUUUUUUGUUUUGAAUGGUAUGCCUUCAAUUGCAUCUUCAUGCUGCGAGGGUUAGGGCGCUGGAAGGGUGAAGCCAUCGAAGUUGCCUUCUUUCGCGCCUUUUUCUUCAAUGCCUUCUGGCUUCUGGCCAUAUGGAGCUUUCUACGCUGUGCCUUCAGUGAUCCUGGCUUUGUUCCACGAUGGUGGCUAGACCAGAAUCAGGGAUGCAGAACGGAGCCCAGCUACUUUGGCUGGAUGCCUGGGCGACCGUCGAGCUGCGGGAAAUGUGAAGUCCCACGUCCUGAGCGUGCUCAUCAUUGUAGCAUUUGUGGGAAAUGUGUGCUGCGCAUGGAUCACCACUGUCCCUGGGUUGGUAAUUGUGUUGGAGCUUACAAUCACAAGUAUUUUAUUUUGAUGUUGUUUUAUGGCAUCCUUGCUGCGAUGACCUAUGGGUCCUCUGCUGCUCCUGUUCUAGCAGCCAUGUUUGGCAAAGGUGGUGGUCAUUGGACCAUUGGCAACUUGGGAGUGAAAGGCUGGGGACUCUUCAGCAUGGGAGCCGUUUUGGCAGCGUCGCUGUGCUUGGCAAUGUCCAUCCUGUUUCUCUCCCACCUCUGGUUGAUGGCUGUGAAUCGCACGUCCAUCGAGGUGGCAUAUGCUGGCAGGAAUCCAUACAGCAAAGGCGUGUCUGAGAACGCCGCGCAGCUCUGUGGCCGCUUCGGUAUUGAUUGGCUGUUGCCCAUCCCAUCUUUCAGGCCUAUGACCGAUGGCUGCAAAUACAUAGAUUACAAUCGUGUGGAUCCAGAAUGUGGCGUGUGA